UUGUAGGUACAUGAAUAAUAAUGUUGUUUUGUUUAAUUAUUAUCAUGAUAAGACAUUAAUGAUGCACGCAUGUGUGAUGAGGUCAAAAUGAUUUGAAAAAUUGUUGGUACUGUUUCUGUAUUUAUUGGUUGUUUGUGUAUGUAGCUUGAAUUAUGUUGCAAAAGAAUUCAAUCUGUGUGAAAAUUUUAAAGGGUGUUUUAAAAAGUAAAGAUGGUGAAUGUCGGAAAAUACUACGACGCAAUGCGCACUUUUCAUUUUACCCUGAGAAACCACCUUCAGGAUCAACGACGAAAAUGAACAUGUUUCAAGCAAUAAACAACGCUCUAGAUAUAACUUUAAGAACUGACGAAAGUGCGUUAGUGUUUGGCGAAGACGUAGCAUUUGGUGGCGUUUUCAGGUGUACGGUAGACCUACAGAAGAAAUACGGGAAGUCUCGCGUUUUUAAUACUCCGCUCUGCGAACAGGGAAUAAUAGGAUUCGGCAUAGGGGCUGCAGCCUCCGGUGCGACAUCUGUAGCGGAAAUUCAAUUUGCUGAUUACAUCUUUCCUGCUUUUGAUCAGAUUGUUAACGAAGCAGCUAAAUAUAGGUAUAGAAGUGGCGGGGAAUUUAAUUGUGGAAGAUUAACGAUAAGGGCACCCUGUGGAGCUGUAGGGCACGGCGCUUUAUAUCAUUCUCAAAGUCCAGAGGCUUAUUUUGCCCAUACACCUGGAUUGAAAGUAGUAAUUCCACGAGGUCCCAUAAAGGCCAAAGGACUACUGCUGUCCUGCAUUAGGGAUCCAAACCCUUGCCUCGUUUUGGAACCGAAGAUUUUGUACAGAGCCGCCGUGGAAGAAGUACCUAGCGGUGAUUAUGGUACAUUAAUUGGAAAAGCUGACGUUGUACAAGAAGGGAAGGAUGUUACUUUAAUUGGUUGGGGUACUCAAUUUCAUGUAUUAAUGGAAGUAGCUCAAUUAGCAAAAGAGAAAUUUGGGAUUUCUUGUGAAGUCAUCGAUCUUGUAUCGAUUCUCCCAUGGGACUUGGACACAGUUUGUAAUUCGGUUAAAAAAACUGGACGAGUUCUGAUCUCGCACGAAGCACCUUUGACCUCUGGUUUUGGAGCAGAAAUUGCUGCUUGCAUUCAGGAGGAGUGUUUCCUUCAUCUUCAAGCACCUGUUGCAAGAAUAACAGGUUUUGAUACGCCUUUUCCGCAUAUUUUUGAACCAUUUUAUUUACCAACCAAAUGGAGAUGUUUGGAAGCAGUUAAAAAUUUAAUAGAUUAUUGAUGCUUUAAUUUAUUAAGUACAUGAGACCUGGAUGUUAAUCGUAUAGCUAACAAUUCGUUGUCAUUGUUUUUAUAUUUACAUCACGAUUACUUAUUAAAUAAAUUUUACCGCUAAAA